GAUGAAGACAAUUUUGACUAUGAAGUUGAACUACACCACCUAUCAUCCGAAGAAACUGAAGAUGCUGAAAAAUUCUUUCCACCAGAAAACUUUGAAGAAAAAGAGACUGCUGAAGUUCAUGGAGAUCAAAGAGUUUGGGUGAAACCCAAAGUCGAACUUUUUACUGAUGACAUAAAAGUAGAAGUUCUACAUCCAAGCGAGUUCCAAUCCUAUCUUGAUGUUAAAGAUGAAAUUGAAGAACCAGAAGAAAAAAUUGAAAAGGAUUCUAUAAAUAUCGAGCCAAUUGAGAUUCCUUUGCAAAAAAUUCCUAUUCCAAGGCUUACAAAAAUAAAUGCCAACAAAAAAAUAAAAAAACCCAGAGGACGGAUGGGACGAAGACCUAGACCUAUAUUACCUAUGACCCGACCCAUAGUUUCAGCAACUACUCCUCACAUAGAACCAACUGCUGCUCCACAUCUAAUUGUGCCUUCCCCACAAAUGCCUGGAAUUUCUUAUCAAAUAUUUCUAGGCGAUAAUGGCAAAAAUCCCAAUAAUCAGGUUCAGUAUACCAUGGUACAAUCUCAACCAGUAUUCUUACAACAGACUUCUACAUCUGCUACCACUCCUUCAUCCGUAGUUAUUAGCCAACCUUCUAUGGUCAUGAGCCAAACGUAUCAAAUGACUCAAGCUCAGGUUCAGUCCGUUAAAAAUCCCAAAAUUGCUCCGAAAAUGGUUGGCCAAAGUUACUGUUUAUUUUGCUUCAAACUUAUUAACAACAUGAAUGAACAUUCAAAAGAGUGUUGGGCCAACCCUACUAGCAAAAAUAACAAAUUCAGAAAAAUCGCUCCAUCAACUCCAUUAUAGAUUAUUGAAUUGCCUAUGUAUAUGACUGGUGUAAAAGUUAUCAAACCUCUAACAACAAAAACACAAACAUGGUUUUUAUUAUUAUAUUAUUAUUAUAUGUUUAGGUGCUAAUUAUUGUACAAUGAUUUUUAUUUGACCU